GAGCCUAUAAGUGUAAUUUAUUGUUUCCUGUGAAAGGGCAGGCUGCACCCUUUUCUCCCUCCUGAAAUCUGAACUGCUUGUUGUGUCAGAACUUUCAGGAGGAGCCAUUGUCUAGGGGUCACAGGAAAAACAGAGGAGCGAAGGAGAAGAACAAGAGAGUGAGAGGUCGGAGGACAGCUCCGCGGUAGAAAAAUAGAGGAGUGAGAGGGAUCUCUGGGUCAUUUGACGGAGACAGAAGGGGAAAGAGGUCAAGAGAAGGAGUCUGGAACAUGUUGUUUUGACUUUUCAUAACGCUGUCAGCCAAUACCUCUUUGUGUGUGUCAGUCGUGUCGCUCAGAUAUGGCCAUGGUGAUCGGGGGAUGUAGCAACCCUAACAGAGAGACCAACGGACUGGGGGGGGAGAAGGCUUACCUGCGUGGGAAUGAGGAGGAGGGCUCACCCCAGGCCGGGAGGGAUGUGGAGGAGGGAGACGAGGUCAAGGCAUGCGUGGUGGACUGUGUGGUGUGUGGGGACAAGUCCAGCGGGAAACACUAUGGGGUGUUCACCUGCGAGGGCUGCAAGAGCUUCUUCAAGAGGAGCAUCAGAAGGAACCUCAACUACUCCUGCAGGUCGAAUCGAGAAUGCCAGAUAGACCAGCAUCACCGCAACCAGUGCCAAUACUGCCGGCUGAAGAAAUGCUUAAGUGUUGGCAUGCGCAAAGAAGCAGUCCAGCGUGGACGUAUCCCUUCAUCCCACCCAGGCAUCAGUCCCACUUCUCUGGUCGGCGGAGGUGGCGGUACCGGGCCAGUAAGGGGCGAAUUCUUCAACGACCAGCCCAUGUCAGAGCUCAUCUCCCAGCUGCUCCACGCCGAGCCCUACCCCAGCAUCCGCUACGGACCCCAGUACGGCCAGCAGCAGAUGCAUGACGCUGGAGGAGGCGCCGUCAUGGGCAUCGACAACAUCUGCGAGCUGGCGGCACGCCUCCUCUUCAGCACCAUCGAGUGGGCCAGGAACAUGCCCUACUUCCCUGAGCUGCCUGUCACUGAGCAGGUGGCUCUGUUGAGGCUGAGCUGGAGCGAGCUGUUCACCCUGAAUGCAGCCCAGUCCGCCCUGCCGCUACACAUGGCUCCUUUGCUGGCCGCGGCCGGCUUCCACUCACAGCCCAUGUCGGCGGAGAGGGUGGUGUCCUUCAUGGACCAGGUGAGGUUGUUCCAGGACCAGGUGGACAAGCUGACCCGGCUCCAAGUGGACUCAGUAGAGUACAGCUGCCUCAAGGCCAUCGCCCUCUUCUCUCCAGAUGCGUGUGGUUUGACAGACCCCGUCCAUGUGGAGUCUCUGCAGGAGAAGGCCCAGGUGGCUCUGAAGGAGUACGAGAGGAUGCAGUACCCGGGUCAGCCACAGCGCUUCGGACGUCUUCUCCUCCGUCUGCCUGCUCUCAGGGCCGUGCCCGCUAAUCUCAUCUCCCAGCUGUUCUUUAUGCGCCUGGUGGGCAAGACGCCUAUCGAGACCCUCAUCAGGGACAUGCAGUUGUCUGGGAGCUCCAUCAGCUGGCCAUAUGUCCCUGGGCAGUGAAGAACAGAAGCCUGGGACACACAGGAUCCUGGAAGAGGAGCCUGGCUGGAACCUAGAACAAGAUGGAGAGGGAUUAGCCAGUGAUGUUAUAAAUGUCAUAAUUCUUAAACGUGCAAUAUGCAGAAAUCGCUCCGCCAUUUCCUGGUUGCUAAAAUUCUAAUAGUUUGCCUAAUUUCAGUUUAUGUGACAAAGAAAGCAGUGUAGAGAAUCAUUGUAUCAUCUAAACCGGUGUGAAAAAUAUUUUCAAUAACAUUUUUUUUUGCUAUUUUCAGCUGUUUGAAGCUGGUAUACAAAACUGAAAGUAAAAGACGCAAAAACGUAACUUA